UGUGAAGACUCCUCCUCUCAGUUUAUGUCAUCACGACAAUAUGCCGGAUGGAAAUGGGUAAAGUACCUCUAUUUACAGGCCGAGGAGGAAACUGUGACCUCUCAGUUGCUCUGAAAACGCAGCAGGAGUGUUGGAGGAAGUCAGAAGUCGUCCACAAGGAGACACAGAGGUGUGGCAUACGCUGGACCGACACGUGGAUCCAUUUACAUUUAUAACUGAUUGAUUAACCAUUAUGAUGUAGCCAAAGCAUACAGUACCCUCUCACCUAUUCUGCUGGUGGAAGAAGAUGGCCACUGCAGCUGAAGACCCCCAUUUGGGCUCAGGCCCCAGUGAGGACGACGAGUCUCUGUCGGGGAGCGAAUCGGAUUCAGACAGCAUCCUCUCUGAUGACUCGGUGCUUCCAGACUACACGCCGGAGACAACAAACGGGCGCGCAGCAUCAACACUGUAUCAAGCAUGCGCCCGUAAUGAAAUCGUCUCUCUGCGGAAAGUUCUGGAGAGAGGGGUCACAAAAGAGGAGGUCAUGGAGCUGGACAUCAAUGGUUGGAAUGGAUUGAUGGUGGCUUGCUGCAAAGGUUUUGUGGAUGUUGUAUAUGGGCUUCAUGGCUGUCCCUUUAUAGACAUAAACCACCAAGACAAUGAAGGCAACACUGCUCUGAUGAUUGCAUCCCAGGCAGGUCAUGUCAACACAGUCAUGUACCUCCUAAACUACUAUUCUGGCAUAGACACUGAAAUAAGGGAUUGCAGAGGUUUCACAGCACUCAUCAAAGCAGCUAUGACCGGUCGCAAUGACGUCAUGGCUGCCCUCAUUAUGGCUGGUGCUGACAUACAUGCAGUAGACUCCACAAAAGGAAAAUGUGCUCGAGACUGGGCAUUGAAAACAGGUCGCUAUGAGACCCUGCAUCGUCUCCGCCGCCUCAAAAUGCGGCCAAAAGCUGAGCAGUUCUGUGAGAGUUAUGUUCCUGAGUGGCCUGAGCUCAAAGAGAGGGUAGCUAUUGCCACAGCUGCGAAAAGCACCAGGGAAAAAAUUACCCAGAGGAUCAAAAACACAUUUGGAUUCAGAUUUCCUCGUGACCCCGAGGACAAUGGGUGCUUGGACCACAUGGUGCGUAUUACCACCAGCGUCCACAGUCCCCUAAUUUCAACUGGAUGCCGUCCCCUCUGCCCUACGACCCCCCCUGAAGUGGGGAAAAGGCGUCUAGCUGUGCCAGAGCUGGUGAAGAAACACCCAGAUAAGCAAUUAGAAGAGAGCUCUGUGUGCCACAGCAAUGGCUCUGUAUCACACAUCAUUCCCACCAUCCACUCUGCAGAGUCCAUCGCUACGACGUGCUGUGCUGAGACUGAGCGACGAGGCAGCAUCCUCUCCUUGGCUUCCACCAAAGUUGCUACGACAUUUAUUCCCCGCAGUAUGGCGAGAAGGAACAGCGUGUUCCCCUCGGGCUGCAUCCCUAAGAUCAACGUCAGCAGGCCUUCAGAGGCAACACCAAAGAAAGAAAAGAAGAAGAAGAAGAUGGAAAAGGGCUUCCUGGAACCACCCAAGUGGAAGUACAAGGAGAUCAAGGAUGAGAAAAAGAAGGAGAAGAAGAAAGCUGAGAAAGAAAAGGCAGAGAAAGAGAAAAAGGAGAAAAGAAAAGAAAAAAAUGACAAGAAGGCUAAAAACUAAGAGUUUCAAAGAAGGGAUGUUCUGCUGUAUGAGUAUUAUCCCUUUUGAAAGCAAUAUGCUUUUUUAAAAUAUGUUGAACUCAGGGCUUGAAAUGUUUAAAUAUCCUGAAAAUAUUCAUCAGAUACUGAACCUAUAACCUGAAUUAAAAAUAGGUGAUAUUUUUCUUCUCAAACCUGAAUGACAGACUGAAUGACUCUUUGGUGGGAGUUCUCUCUAAAAGCUGAGAAAUAUUACAUAUAUUUUGACUUAGGAUAAAAAAGUUUAUUUUUCCAUGAAUA